CCAAGUUGGCUCAAAAUUCACAACAAACAAAAUUCCCGAACUUCCCAAAAAUGGCAGUGGCAGCAACUCUCCUUCCUUCAACACCAUACAAGCCAUUACCACUCCCCCUCCCAAACUCUCUCUUCCUCCUCUCCUUCUCAAUCCCCUGCACCCGCCAUCACUUCACCCCUCCUGCCUCCGCCAAUCGCGCCUCCCCAUUCCCGCUUCAUCCCGGCCGUCCUUAUGUCGCUCUUCCUUCUAGGUCCGGUCGUUGCUUUGCCGCCAAUUCCGGGCCGCCUCUGCCUCCCCCAGAAUCUGACUCCACUAGCCUCACAGGUCUUGUAGCAUCUUUCUCCAAGUUUCAGGACAAAGUGCAGAUCUUUUUUGCUGUUCUUUUUUGGAUGUCUCUUUUCUUCUGGGCUUCUGUAUGGGAUGAAAGGAGUCGACCAAACAAGGGCUCACGAUUUAGAAAAUGACCUAGUAAGCAUUUAUUGUAUAUAAUGAUAGACUGGAUGGGUAGUCGUAGCCUAUACAUUAAAAGAGGAGCAACUUCUUGUGAUAAAUACUAGUGGGCUAGAUGACAUACACAAAAUUUAGUUUCAAAUGCUGUAAUUAUCAAAGGAUGAAUAAGCAGUGGCUCUUGAUUUUCUUGUCCUUAAUGCACAUGAAAGCAAAUUCUGGAAAUUUUAGUAGAUCCGUUUUGAGUUUCUAUCAAACACAAUCAUAUACCAAGAACUUUAGGGAUGAGAUGUGUGGUUUAGAUUAUAUACCAAGUCAAAUGUAGUAAGUCCUUCUAGGUUUCUUGAAUUAACUCUGACAAUAGCGUUACACUGGAAAGUUACUGUCGAAGUUGGUAGAGAGAACUGCAAUACGAAAGCAGAAACUGCAUCGGGGAGUUUAAUCAUGCCUCCGAUGCAUAUUAUAGGCCUGCUACCUGAUUACAGCAAAUUUGAGAAGCUCAUUGCCAUUGUGAGGUAGGGUCCUAGAGCUCUAAAUAGGCUUGGGGGUUGGAAAUGCAUUGAUCUGCCAUCAUGUGCUUGUGCUUUUUGUCUGUCAAUCAUGUCCUAUUCGUGCAUGAUAUACUAUACAUACAUAAUUUGUCAUGAGAUUCGGCUUUAAAUGGAAAUGCAAUGUUCAGAAUAUGACAUGUACCAAUCAUGUAAUCCCCAGAGAACGUUGGGGUGGCACCUCAUGGUCCUCACCCCAACGGCAGCAACACAUGCAGUCACAGUUCAACCCUUGAUUGUAUCCUGCACUUUUAGUAAAAAUUAUUGAUGAAAUUGCUGUUGCACAGUCUGCCUCAAAGUACUGGAAUGAUUGAGUUGGUUAAUGUUUGGUGCAGUUAUGUUGCUCUUUUCAUUUUGGUUUUUCUCAUGGUGUUUUGUAUGUAAAGUGAUUCUUGGGUUACAUUCUGGCUUAUCAUCAGCCAAACUCAAUUAGCUUGGCUUACUGAUUGCCAUUGUCUCCGGAACAAACUAAAAGCACCAUGUGAUUGUAGGUGUUGAUCU